AUGGACCGACUGGACUUUUGCCAUGCGCUAUUGACGAGGACAGUCGGAAACAAACUGUUCUUGGCUCCGGUAGAUGAGACAAAAAUGCAUAGGGUCCUUGAUGUCGGCACAGGAACAGGGGCCAUUGAAAUAGGUAACAAGUAUCCCAAUGCGGAGGUAUAUAUGUUAUUUAAUACUACCCAGGCAUCCAUGCCCAUAAUAAGCACUUUGUUAUAG